CAUCUACUAAUGGAUAGAGUUACAUGAAGGGGGGGGAUCUUGAGGAUGUUUUUCCUUUCUUUCUCGCUGCUUUCACCUACAGGACUAAAAGUAAUGCCCCUCCUCUUGCGAUUUUUAUCACAAUCAAAAUAAAACAUUUAUCUUUUGUGAAACAUGAAAGACACGACGGGAGCGCACUCUUUCUUCGAUGGGAUUUAAAGCAAGGCGUGUUUGUUUUAUUUAUUUAUUUAUUUGUAUUUGUCUGCGUGGAUAAGAUCAUCACCGCAGCUCGGAUGUGAGUUUAUGAUCCAGCUCUGAGGCGCGAGCUUUCCCCCCCCCUUCUUCUUCUUCUUCUUCUUCUUUUUUUAAAAUAUAUAUAUAUAUAUUGCGGGAUUAUGAUUUUGGAUAAAAGCUCCAUGGAGGAGCCCGACAUCGACGUUGUUGGAGAACAGGAUAAAGAUGCUCAAGUUCAAACGUCAAGGAGUGACUGCAGGAUCCAGGAGAAGGAUCCAGGAGAAGAGGCGAAGCGCAGCGACGUGUCCGGUGUCGCGUGCGUGAAACCGCCGUACUCCUACAUCGCGCUCAUCACCAUGGCAAUCCUGCAGAGCCCCCGCAAGCGGCUGACCCUCAGCGAGAUCUGCGAGUUCAUCAGCCGCCGCUUCGCCUACUACCGCGAGAAGUUCCCGGCGUGGCAGAACUCCAUCCGGCACAACUUGUCGCUCAAUGACUGCUUCGUGAAAAUGCCACGAGAGCCCGGAAAUCCCGGAAAGGGCAACUACUGGACCUUGGACCCCAUGUCCUCUGAUAUGUUCGAAAACGGUAGUUUCCUGCGGCGCAGGAAGCGCUUCAAGCGGCACCACUGCUUCACCAAGGACGCGGAAACGCCUCUUCCGGGAUUCCCGCUCGGAUCUUACACUUCAGCUUUACCGGUCCCGGCUCUGGAUCUCUACCUCGAGCGUUCACCUCCUCAUCCUCAUCCUCCUCCUCAUCCUCCUCCUGCUCUUGUCUCACCUGUCGGCAGCCUUUUACCUGCGCUGUCCACUCUUCUGAAAGGCUACCUCCCGCAUCCAUCACGCUCUCUCACUCUCGAGUGCUCGCGCGCUCCUUUCCCCGGCGCCCAGCUCGCACCUCCGGCCGCUCUUCCUCCUCUUCCGCCGAGCUUGUACUCUCUUCAGCAGGAAUAUCACAAACUGCAGGCUCUGCACAACACCGCGCUCACUACCAAACUUUUACAGCGGUUCGGUGACGCAACACUGUAA